UCUUCAGAUGCAUGUCAGGUCGACUGUCAAAAUGGUGGUCGAUGUAUUGGACAAAACCGGUGCUCUUGUAUGUAUGGAUUUGGUGGUCCGAAAUGUGAAAGUGAUCUUCGAACUGGGCCUUGCUUCACACAGCUAUCAAAUUACCAGUGUAAAGGCCAGUUAAUUGGUGUGGUGUGUACAAAAGCUCUGUGUUGUGCAACCAUUGGUAAGGCUUGGGGUAACCCAUGUGAGAAAUGCCAGACAGAAUCUUACCCUUGUCGACGAGGAUACAUUCUCAAUGCUCAAGGAAAUUCCUGCCAAGGUAAAUUUUUCAAUUUCAACUCAUGCACAGCUAUCCCAGGCUUAUGCGUUGGUGGUCGAUGUAUCAACAAUAUUGGAUCUUAUGUCUGUGAAUGCCGGGAAGGUCAAAGACAGAAUCUUCUUACCAAUCUCUGUGAAGAUAUCAAUGAAUGUGGAGAACAACGAGGUGCCUGCCAGAAUGGCCUCUGUGUUAACACAGAAGGAAGCUAUUUCUGUGAAUGCCAUAAUGGCUAUGAGCAUGGUCCAUCCAAAACACAAUGUGUCCCUGUUCGUAAGAAUCUGUGUUUCACCAAGAUAAGAAACAGCCAAUGUGUUAGUGCCAUUCAAAAUGCCAGAUACUCCAGGAGUGACUGUUGCUGUAAACAUGGCGGCAAUGGUUGGGGAGACAGACACACUUGCCAUAUCUGUCCUUUAAGAGAAUCAAACGAAUACUUGACUCUCUGCCAGCUUGUAGAACCCCUCACGAUUGGGAAAACAGGUGAAAGCUGUCAAAGACAUGGAACAUGUCUUAAUGGUCAAUGCCAUAGAGUUGGCAGAAAAUGGAAAUGUCAGUGCUAUACAGGUUUCCAGAAUGUCAAUGGAUCGUGUAUAGACAUUGAUGAAUGUCUAAACAAUGUAUGUAGACGUGGUGAAUGUACCAACACCGAUGGAAGCUUUAUUUGCACCUGCUCAGAUGGGUUUGUCUUGGACAAAGAUGGACGAACUUGUACAGAUAUGAACGAAUGUGAAAAGGAAAAUAUGUGUCCAAACGGUGUUUGCCAAAAUAUGAAUGGUUCCUACAAGUGUCGAUGUAACCCAGGCUUUCGACAGUCACCAAAUCAACAAGUCUGUUAUGAUAUCAAUGAAUGUGUAAACAAUGGCAAACUCUGCUUAAACGGAGCCUGCCACAAUACUCCUGGUAGUUAUUACUGUGAAUGUAAACGAGGUUUCAGUUUAUCACCCGAUGGAGCGUUUUGUGUUGAUGUCAAUGAGUGUGUUAACAACCCCAAUCUCUGCACCAAUGGAGAAUGCAUUAACACGCAAGGAAGUUACAAGUGUGAAUGUUACAGGGGUUACAUCCUCCAACCUGAUGGCAAAACCUGCAGAGAUACUCGACGAGGACUCUGCUACACCCAAGUACAUCGUGGUCAAUGUAGCAACCCAUCUUACAGUCCGAUGACCAAAUCAACAUGCUGUUGUACAGAAGAUAAUGCCAAUAAUGGUUGGGGAACCCCCUGUGAGAUUUGUCCCAAACCUAAUGAUAGAGAGUACAAGACAAUCUGUCCACAUGGACCUGGGAAAGAUGGAAACGGUGGAGGUAUUAAUGAAUGUGCUAUGUACCCUGAUGCCUGUCAGAAUGGUGCCUGUGAAGAUUUAGAUAUGGGAUAUCGCUGUAUCUGUGAUUCUGGCUACAAGAUGGACGACACUGGCAGAGCCUGCGUAGACAUUAAUGAAUGUGCCGAAGAUAAAUAUAUCUGCGAUGGUGGCAAAUGUCGUAACUCACCUGGAAGUUACACCUGUAUGUGUCCCACAGGAUUUAUACAGAGCAAAACUACAAAGAUGUGUGAAGAUAUCAACGAAUGUGAGUCAUUCGAUACACUUUGUGUUGGUGGCAACUGUGUAAAUUUGGCAGGAAGUUUCCGCUGUGAAUGUACAGUUCCUGGAACAGUCUUGGACUCAAGUGCUCGAGUUUGCAUAGACAACAGGAGAGGUACUUGCUGGAAGAAAAUUCAUAAUGAUCUUUGUGAAGACAAUAUCAAAGGAGAUACACUUCGCUCUGAAUGCUGUGGUACUUUGGGUAAAGCAUGGGGUAGUCCUUGUGAACGCUGCCCUUCUCAAUCCUCAAGAAACUGUCCAAAAGGUUAUGCAAUCAUAUCUGGGGUCAAAUGCACAGAUAUCAACGAAUGUGAUGUCCUUCCUGGCAUUUGUCAGAAUGGCUACUGUAUUAACACUGAUGGUUCGUACAAAUGUAAUUGCCCCGAGGGACUGUCCAUUGACCAGUCUGGUCAUCGAUGCGUUGAUUACCGAAAGUCCAGUUGUUACCUGGAAUACAACCAUGGACGUUGUAGUGGAGAGUUAUUUGGUCAAUUCCACCAAGCCAUUUGUUGUUGUUCAGUUGGUACAGCCUGGGGAUCACCCUGUAAUUCUUGCCCACAGCCUGAUUCUGAGGAGUACAAGCGUCUUUGUGAACGGAGAGGAUAUGCUCCAAAUUUCAAAGAACAAAAAUUGAACUUUUUCAAAGAUAUUAACGAAUGUCUGGAGAUUCCUGAUAUCUGUAGCAAUGGUGUUUGUCACAAUACCCCUGGUGGUUUCAACUGUGACUGCAAACAAGGUUUCGCCAUUGACGGGAGAGGAUUUAACUGCACAGACAUUGAUGAAUGCCGUAUCUCUUUUGGAGUUUGUGCAAAUGGUACCUGUGUCAAUACACCUGGAGCUUUUACCUGUGACUGUAACGAAGGUUAUGAAGGAGUCAUGAUGAACCAGAUGUGCAUAGAUGUGGAUGAAUGUGCACGACGCCAGCCUGCUCCCUGCCGUGGAGGGACUUGCGUCAAUACAGCUGGUGCCUUUGAAUGUCUAUGUCCUGCUGGCCACGAGCUCUCUCCCGAUAAAACAACUUGUAAUGACGUUGAUGAGUGUUCUACCGACAGCGCCAUCUGUUCCAAUGGUAUCUGUACAAAUUACAUGGGAGGUUAUCAAUGUAGCUGUUUCAAUGGCUAUGAACCAAAUCCACAAAAGACUUCAUGUACAGAUAUUAACGAAUGUAAAGUGAACCAAGGUGGCUGUUCUUCUCUCUGUGUUAACACACCUGGAUCGUGGAACUGUGGCUGUAAGAUGGGAUUCAUGUUGAUGCCAGAUCUCAAGUCCUGCCAAGAUGUCGAUGAAUGCCGUGAGAGAGAGGAUAUUUGUGCAGGUGGCAAAUGUACCAACUUAAAUGGGGGAUACAACUGCAUCUGCACAGAUGGAUUGCGACCUUCUGAAGAUAACAAGAACUGCAUUGAUAUCAAUGAAUGUGAAGAUCCCAACAUCUGCCGUACUGGGACUUGUGUCAAUACUCAUGGAUCAUUCACUUGUAAAUGUAAUGUUGGUUAUUCAAUGCAGAAAGGAAUUGGAAAUGGCUGUUUCGAUACUGAUGAAUGUGAAACUGGAGAGAACACCUGUGAUAGAAAUGCUAACUGCAUCAAUACUGAAGGUUCCUACAAAUGCGAUUGUAAAGUUGGUUACAGAGAAGUGGGAGGCAAAUGUAGAGACAAGAAUGAAUGUGUUCGAAAUAAUGGUGGCUGUCAUCCUGAUGCUGAUUGUAUUAACCAAGUUGGUUCCUUCCGUUGUGUCUGUGAAGAUGGAUUUAGUGGAGAUGGUUUCACCUGCACAGAUGUUGAUGAAUGCUCUCUGAAUCCUUACCUCUGUGAACAUGGUCAAUGCUUUAACUACGAAGGGGGAUACAAAUGUGAAUGUGACAUGGGUUUUACACCAACAGACAACGACAGAGCCUGCAUCGACAUUGAUGAAUGUGUCAUGUUUGAGAAUCUAUGUGUCAAUGGAAAAUGUCAAAAUGGUGUUGGAUUAUUCAACUGUAUCUGCAACCAAGGUUACCAAGUUGACCCCACCGGAGGAAACUGCACUGACAUUGAUGAAUGUAGAAUUCCUGACAAUUGUCUUUAUGGUAAUUGCAAGAAUUUAGAAGGAGGCUAUGAAUGCCAUUGUCCAUUUAACUAUGAACUUAAUCCUAGUGGAACUGGAUGUAUAGACAAACGCCUUGGAACAUGCUAUUUUGAAGUUGAACGUUACCGCCAAACUCUACAAUGCUCAACAGAAUUGUCAUACGAUUUAUCUAAAGCCACCUGCUGUUGUACUGUUGGCCAAGGAUGGGCAGAAAUUCCUGCACGUUGUGAAGCUUGUCCCUUGAAUGGAACUCUUGAACACAAAAGUUUGUGCCCAGGAGGUCCUGGCUUCCGACCAAACAUAAUCACAGUCAUUCUUGAAGAUAUUGAUGAAUGUGCCGAAAUCCAGAAUGUAUGCCAAGGAGGUGAAUGCCAAAACUCUUUUGGCAGUUUCUUCUGUAAAUGUAAUUCUGGAUAUGCCUUGGAUUCUACUCUCCACACGUGCAUUGACAUUGAUGAAUGUUCUUUGAAUCCAAACCUGUGUGGUGCUGGUACCUGUUACAAUACAGAGGGUAACUACACCUGUUUCUGUCCAGAAGGACAUCUAUUAACACCAGAUCAACACUGCAUGGAUAUGCGUAAAGGAAACUGUUAUUCCACUUACUAUAAAUCAACCACUUGGCCACACGAACUUAUCUGUGAAAACGAACUGUCAGGUAAUUUGACCAAAAUGAUGUGCUGCUGUUCUGUUGCAAAGGCAUGGAAUACCCCUUGUGAAGCUUGUCCAGAAAGACACACAAAGGCAUACAAGGAUCUCUGCCAGGAACCAAAAUUCAUAAAGAACAUGAGUGAAUGCGAAAUGAUGCCAGGACUCUGCAUGAACGGUCGGUGUAUCAAAACAGAAGACUCAUUCCGCUGUGAGUGCGAUCCAGGCUUCAUCUAUGAACGGCUCAGUCACAUGUGUGAAGAUGAGAAUGAAUGUGAACGUCGCCGCAGUCCCUGUGUUGGCAAUGCUAAUUGUCUCAACACUAAAGGUAGUUAUGAGUGCCGCUGUCCAGUAGGGUACAAGCUGGCCCCCAAUAAACGACGGUGUCGAGACAUCAAUGAAUGCCGUGAAAAUCCCAGAAUUUGUGCAAAUGGUCGAUGCCAGAACUUGGACGGAGGUUUCAAAUGUAAUUGUAACCAAGGUUACCACAUAAAUUCCAAACGAGAUGCUUGUAUCGAUAUGGACGAAUGUCGACAGUUAAUAGGAAUCUGCCAAAAUGGAAGAUGUUUAAACACAUUUGGCAGUUUUACCUGUAACUGCCAGACUGGCUAUAGACUGUCCCAGGACUUCCGCAACUGUCUUGAUAUUGAUGAGUGUGCAGAAACUCCCUACGUCUGUCAUCAUGGAAGAUGUAACAACAUUGAAGGAUCUUUCGAAUGUUCCUGCUUUAAUGGUUAUAAACUCUCUGAUACUGGUGAUGAAUGUAUUGACAUUGAUGAGUGUUUUACAGAAUCUAACAUCUGUUAUAAUGGAAACUGCAUCAAUACAGAUGGAUCGUACAUUUGUAAUUGUCCUUCUGGUUAUGUUCUUUCAAGUGACAAGAGGAAAUGUAUAGACAUGAGAGUUGGCAUCUGCUACCGUACAUUUGCUAAUGGCCAAUGUUUGAAUCCAACACCCAUGAAUAUGACCAGAAAAGAAUGCUGUUGUAGUAAGAGUGUUGCUUGGGGUGAUACCAUUUGUAGCGUGUGUCCUACUCAGAACACAAAAGCCUUCAAACUCUUGUGUCCUUAUAUUGGUCACAUUGAAGAUCCAAAUGGCAACAGGAAAGACAUCAACGAGUGUAUGAUGUAUCCAGACUACUGCACGAAUGGUCGUUGUAUCAAUACUGAUGGUUCAUACCGCUGUGAGUGUAAUACCGGUUUCCAGGUGGAUGACACGAAAACGAGGUGCAUUGAUAUAAACGAAUGUCUGACUGGAAGAAUUUGUGGUCGUGGAACUUGUACUAAUUUGAUUGGUCAGUUUGAAUGUUCCUGUGAGGAUGGUUAUGCUCCUGGACCUGAGGGCACUUGUGAAGAUUUGAAUGAAUGUCAGACAGAACUGAACAAAUGUGCGUUCCGUUGUGUCAACACCCCUGGAUCGUUCCGAUGCAUUUGUCCAAUUGGAUAUCGUUUGGCAGAUGAUAACAGACACUGUGUUGAUGUCGACGAAUGCCUGAUUGAUACCAAUAAAUGUCCAUACAACUGCAAGAAUUUGGUUGGUUCCUUCCUCUGUGUUUGUCCCGAGGGAUACCGUGCCAUUGGUCAAGACGUCUGCAUAGACAUUAAUGAAUGCCGUGAAGGUAAUCCAUGUGAAAACGGACGUUGCAGGAAUAUAAAUGGAGGAUAUAUCUGCUCAUGCUAUCCUGGUUAUGAGCCAAGUCCUGAUAAAAAGAAAUGCCUUGAUCUCCGUGAAGGAUACUGUUACAACCAACUUGUCCAUGGCCGCUGUGUUCCUAGCCGUGAAAUAAAGAGAACUGCCCGCCACAUCUGCUGUUGUACUGGACUUGCUGCAGCCUGGGGCCCGUCCUGUGAAAGGUGCCCAGCAAUUGGCUCAAACCAGUUUGCCAGAAUUUGUCCAAAUGAAAUAGGAUAUUUACCCAAUGGCACUGAUAUCAAUGAAUGCCAACAGAAGCCAUCCCCAUGCCAGAAUAUCUGCCAGAAUACAGAGGGAAGUUUCAUUUGUACUUGUCCCGUUGGUUUUGUACUAAACAUGGAUGGACGCACAUGUCGAGACAUUGAUGAAUGUGCGUCUGGACAACAUAACUGUCCAUAUGGCUGUAUUAAUACAAUCAGCAGCUACAAAUGUGGUUGUCCGAAGGGAUUAAAAGAAGGACCAAAUGGUGAUUGUGUAGGUAAGAAACAAUGA